AUGCACGGAAACGCUGGUUACAAUUGUGAUGAGAGGUAUGGCCGCGGUCACAACCGCGUUUGCAAGCGACUGUUCCUUCUUGACAGCUUGCCAGACGACGACGACGACACGGCCGACGAUGGGGCCGAUGCCGGGGCAGAGGAAGGUGACACAGAGGCGCCCGUCUUCUCCCUCCAUGCGGUCGCAGGUGUGCCGCUUGCUAACACUAUGCAGGUCCGGGUGUCAGUCGGUACAGCGACAUUUGUUGCCCUCCUGGACAGCGGCUCCAAUCAUAACUUCAUCGCCGAGGAGGCUGCACGAUGCACCGGCCUACGUGUCCAGCCCCAGGCGCGCAUGUCGGCCAUGGUCGCGAAUGGCGAGAAGAUUCCAUGUCCAGGCAUCAUUUGGCAGGCUCCGGUCACCAUCGACAACACCACCUUCGCCAUCGACCUUUUUGUCAUGCCCCUUGUAGGUUACGACAUCGUGUUGGGAACACAGUGCAUGGCGACCCUCAGACCAAUUGUGUGGGACUUCACGGAACAUUCCCAGUCCUUCACCUACCAGGGGCGCGCAUUCUGCUGGGCAGGAGUGCCGUCCACGGACACACCCAGUCUGCAUGCGGCCACGGCAUCUAGUGCGUCCCUCCUCAACGGGCUGUUGGCAGCAUACGACGACAUCUUCACCGAGCCCAGCGGCAUGCCUCCACCCCAUGCCCGCGACUACGCCAUCAUCCUCAAGCCUGGCUCGGCUACCGUCGUGGUACGUCCAUACAGGUACCCGGCGGCACACAAAAACGAGCUGGAACGCCAGUGCGCAGCCAUGAUCCAGCAGGGCAUUGUUCACUGCAACGACUCAGCCUUCUCUUCACCCGUGCUCCUCAUCAAGAAGGCCGACGCCUCAUGGAGGUUCUGCGUCGACUACCACACCCUCAACGCCCUCACCAUCAAGGAUGCGUUCCCCAUCCCCAUCGUUGAUGAGCUCGUGGACGAGCUCCAUGGCGCCCGUUUCUUCACCAAACUCGACUUGCGGUCGGGAUACCAUCAGGUGCGGAUGCUUCCAAAGGAUGUCCACAAGACAGAGUUCUGCACUCACGACAGCCUCUACGAGUUCCUGGUGAUGCUGUUUGGGUUGUGCAACGCUCCGAGGUCCAAGUGCUCGUUCGGCGUCUGCUCUGUCGCCUACCUCGACCACGUCAUCUCCGCCGCCGGCGUCGCCACGGAUCCUGCCAAGGUCCAGGCCAUCCACGACUGGCCGCAGCCUAGGUCGGCACGAAUAGUGCGCGGCUUCCUUGGCUUGGCGGGCUACUACAGGAAAUUCGUCCACAACUACGGCGCCAUGGCAGCCCCUCUCACGGCGCUUUUGAAAACGGAGGGGUUCGCAUGGGGCGCCGAGGCGGAGGCUGCUUUCAGUGCCCUCAAAGGGGCCGCCGGUGGCCCCCCGCCAUCGCUCACUCGCGGCAUACGAGCAAGAGCUCUCGCUGUACGGCACUGGCGACCGUACCUCUGGGGGCGCCGGUUCAACAUCAACACGGACCACUACAACCUCAAGUACCUCCUCGACCAGCACCUCGCCACAAUCCCUCAACGUCAUUGGGUUGGCAAGCUCCUCAGCUUUGACUUCACUGAAUACAAGUCAGGGGCUUCUAAUACGGUGGCCGACGCUUUGUCCCGCCGCGACACCGAGGGGGACAGCGUGGGUGGCCUCCAGGUGAUCUCCGCUCUGCGCUUCGACUUCAUCGCGCGUCUACGUCACACUCAGGCCACUGACCCAGCACCGGUGACCAUCCACGACGACAUCCGUGCUGGCUCACGCGUAGCUCCUUGGAUGGUGGCGGACGGCAUGAUAAGACGGAUUGUGCAGGACUUUGUGCGGGCGUGCGUCACCUGCCAGCGCUACAAGUCCGAACACCUACUUCCGGGGAAGUCGGUGAUCCUCACUGUCGUCGACCGCUUCAGCAAGUACUGCCACUUCAUCGCCCUCGCUCACCCAUACACGGCGGAGAUGGUGGCACAGGCUUUCUUCACCGACAUAGCACGUCUGCAUGGUGUUCCGCAGUCCAUGGUGUCGGACCGCGACCCGGUGUUCACGUCGGCGUUUUGGCGUGAGUUGAUGCGGCUCAUGGGGACCAAGCUGCACAUGACGUCUGCAUUCCACCCCCAGUCAGAUGGACAGAUGGAGGCAGCCAACCACGUCAUCGUCAUGUACCUGCGCUGCUUCACCGAGGACCGUCCCCGGUAG